GGGUGUAACCCGGAAGACUUCUGUAAUUUCGUCAAGCGACAACAUGCUCCCCGGCUGUAAAAUGACACAUCCGUGGCUGUAGAUCUGUUUGUAUGAGGUCUGUUUGUAACAUCGCGGUUGAAUUAUUAAAAUCCAGAGGAGCUCACAGUUCGGCCGAAGCUCGUCGACUCGGAGGAGAAAUGUGUAAAGAGCUGAAGACCAAAGUGCUGCGUUUGUUGCCGCCGACCUCCAAUGGACCGUCGGAGGGCCAAACAGAUGGUGCUGAAAUCCUGAGUUGCACGGUGAAGGCUCUGAAGGAGGGUCAUGUGGUUGCUGUCCCCACAGACACCAUCUACGGCCUGGCCUGUCUGGCCCAGAACUCUGAAGCCGUCAGAAAAAUGUACAACAUCAAACGACGCAAUGGACAGAAACCACUGGCCAUCUGUGUAGGAGAAACUCAGGAUAUUUAUAAGUACUGUAAGGUGACGGUGACGAAAGCGCUGUUAGGUGACCUACUGCCUGGUCCCGUCACUCUGGUGUUUGAAAGAUCUGAAGUACUGAACACAGAUCUCAACCCCUUUACUUCGCUUGUAGGCGUUCGUAUCCCAGACCAUGCCUUUAUGAGACGCCUUUGCCAGAUGUGUGCGGAACCACUCGCACUCACCAGCGCCAACAUCAGCUCACACACCAGCACCGUGGCCGUACAUGAGUUUGAGGAGCUCUGGCCCAAGCUGGCAGUGGUGGUGGAUGGCGGACCAAUAGGAGACCAGAGCCGCCUCGGAUCAACCGUGGUUGACCUAUCAGUACUCGGCAAAUACCGGAUCAUCAGACCCGGCUGUGCCCUUUCCUCUACAGUUGAUGUGCUGGAGCACAAGUAUGGGCUGUCUGAGGAUUUGGGGGAAGCAUGACCUCUCCAAACACUACAACACAUGCUGAGACGCACAACCAGCAUUCACUUGGGACUUCCUCAGAAAAGAUGAAUCCUUUUGGAAGAAUCGGUCUUUCCCCCGGCAAGACUAGAACUCAGGAACAACUCAAGCGUUAGCUGAUAUUGUUCUGGUGGCGGCUUUAUGGACUUGAGUAACUCGACCAUGAUUUCUAUUUUUAAUAUUAAUUCAGACUUAAUAUUUUUAUAGUGGUUACUUUAAUGUUAGAGGUAUAGUAGGCACCUAUUAUAUGCCCUUAAUAAUUAUUUGUGAUAACAUAGGGGAUGGGAGGAGACUAUACAUCAAAUGUUGAGUUUUUUUAUUAAAUUAAGAAUCCCCUGUAUUUAUUUUAUCCCCAUGUAAGUUUAAGUGUAAGUAAGUAAGUUUAAGUGUGCUUGCACUACAAUUGUUCACCUGCUACAGUUAGUUACUCAUUACUACAUUACAUUUUGGUCGGGUUGGUUAGCACGUGGACCAUGUGGGCGUACGGUAUGAAAUUCAUCUACCCUGUUAAUAACUGCAGUAUUUUUCAAACUUUCAUUGCCUGAUGGAUGGUACAACGUUGGGCAUUGCCAAAAUAAAGUUUUUUCCAGUA